AUGGAAAGUUUGGAUAUUAGCAUAUCUCUUGAUUUAAGUGAAUUUUUAGAUGAAGAAGAUGAAGAAUUAGAAAAAGUUUGCCGAGAGCAAGAAGAGGAGUGGAUGACUUUGUGUCAACUAACAGGUAAAUAUGUUUUGACGUAUUGCGAAAAGUACUUAUGUAAGGAGCCUUGUCGUACAUCAAAGCGCUCCGGACAUAUAUUUAUUCAAGAGCUAUUACGAGGAAAUGAAACUCGUUGUUAUGAGAAUUUUCGAUUGAAGAAAGCGGUGUUUAUUGAUUUAUCCAAUGACUUAACAGAAAAAUAUGGGCUUAAAGCCACUCGUGGAAUUUCUACACACGAAAUUUUAGGCAUGUUUUUGAUGGUUUGUGCACAUGAAGCGGGAAAUCGAAUGAUAAAAGAAGUUUUCAACAUUCUGGAGAGACGAUGGGAAGGAUCAGAUCAUGACAAUCGUAUAUUUCGUGAGGCUCUUUGUAGACAAGAACUCAACUUUCCACAUCCAUUGGAAAAUAAAUAUUAUCUAGUUGAUUCUGGAUAUUCCCACACGAAGGGAUACAUGGCUCCUUACAGAAGAGAUAAUGUGAGGUAUCACCUUUCUGACUUUCGGCGUGGUGCAACACGACAAUUACGGGAGCCAAAGGGAGGCAUUGAAAAAUUUAAUUAUUUGCAUUCUUCUUGUAGAAAUAUAGUAGAACGUACAUUUGGUGUAUGGAAAGCGAGGUGGUCCAUUUUGCACGACAUGCCUUACUAUAACAUUGACACUCAAAGGGAUAUCGUAAUUGUUACUAUGGCCAUUCAUAAUUACAUUAGAAAGAACUGCAAUGUGGAUAAUGCGUUUCAAGUAGCUGAGAAUGAAAGAUACAUCCCAUCGGUUGAUUUUGAUGUAGGCUCAACUUCAACGGCUAACAAUAUGGACGGCGAAAAUAUGAGUGAGGAAAGUAAUGUGCAUUAG